UAGAGAAACCACACGUUUGCUCUGAAUGCGGGAUGGGAUUCUGUGUGUCCUCCAGUCUUAAAAGACACAAGAACUCAUACUGGAAAUAUAUCGUGUGUCUGCCAUCUAUAUUGGAAUGAUUUUACUGAAUGUGGACACUAAUGGAGAAACAUCAGAAAACUCACCCAGGAGAGAAGAUUGUUCUCAAGAUGCUUGCCUUUCAGAAGAGCAUGCCUGCCAGAGAGAAAUCUUACCAUUGCUCCUUUUUCGCUGCGGGGCAAGCAUCGCUACUUCAUGAAUACAGAGGGUAUCUGCACCUCCCUACCUGUAGGCUUAGCUUAAACCCUACAUCACUCCCUGUUCACUCCGAUCUGCUACACCGGUCUUUUAGUCAGAAUACAUUGUAUAAGAAAUUUCCACAACAGUGGGCAGCUCGCACUCAGCCAAGACAACAUUCUUCUCUGUCUCUGCACCUCAGUAGUGGAACAAACUUCCCUUUGAAGCCAGGACAGCAGAGUCCCUGCCAAUCUUCUGAAAGUGGCUGAAAACCUACCUCUUUGAUGAACUCUUUUGAUUAACUUGUGUAUACCACCUGAAAACAAAAUGAAAAUGCACUUAACUUUUAUUUCUCUGGCACUGACUUUGCCCUCUAACGGCUUUGAUUACUGAAAGUGUACUUAUGAUUGUCAGAUGUAGGUUUUCCAAAACACCUGAAGAGGAAUGCACAAAUUGUAAAUCGCUCUGGAUUGUCUGCUAAUUGACUAAAAUGUAAAGAAGUAACCACUCUCAGUAGAUGGCAGUCAUACUAGUUGUCAAUUCUGGGAAAGAUUUUGUUACAGCAACAAUCUGAAACACUUGGAGUACCUACAUAGAUCCCAACAUACCAAAAUGGUUGACAAUAUCUGAAUGUGGAAACGACUUCCAUUAGACAGGCAGUCUUAAGAGACUCCUGAGAACUCAUACCGGGAGAAACGCUAUGUUUGUCAUCGUCAGUGUGGGAAAGACUAAAGGGCAUCUGGAAACUUACAUUGGAACUCAAACAGGUCCUCUAAUGUCCUGCCAACGGCUAGUACAUGGGAAGGACAAUAUGAAUUCACUAUGUUCAGAAAAGGAAACCCUGAUUGAUGAAAUCGAAAAAAGUUUAUUUACUUUAACCGAGGACGAUUUGCGCUACCUUUGUAAAGGACAUGGACUGGUGACAAAGAUGGGUCUAAUGAAAGGGAUGAAUCAUCGUCUAUUGAGGCGUAAAAUCAUGGAGGAAAUGUGGGACAAUAUAGAGUCCAUGACAUUGGACGAGCAGGGAAUGUCUUGGCUACGCCAUCUGAAGAAGGACAUAAGACUGAUACAGGAGAAAGAUGCUGGUUCACCCCUGGGUCCCAGUCAAACCGACAACGAUGAUGAUGAACAAUUUGACAAGGUGGACAGCAACUUGUUGCCUGGCAGUGGACUGGAGAUGAGACACUUAAGUCCCAGACAGUUCUAUGAUGAUAAAGCGGAGGAUGAUACUGCAGACCCUGAUGAAGAUUGGGCUGCAGGAGACAAAGAUCGCUUGUCCAGCAACGGGCUGGAGGCGGAGCCACCUCCAGAGAGCGCUGUAUCAGAAAAAAGAGACGGGCCUUCCCGCCCAACCUCCUGCCUCCCAGAAUCCCUGGGUCGUGCCUCUCGAGGGAGGGGCUUACUGCUGGGUCAGAAGAGGAUGUCAUCGCAGGAGGCCGACUGCAGGAAAUCAGGGCAGACUGACCAUGUAAGACACAAUGCAGCACAACCAGGAAGUAGACCAGGCUCACACAUCUGUGAUCACUGUGGGAAGAGCUUUACCACGGCGAGAAAUCUAAAACGACACUUACAGUACCUGCUGAGGUGUCAAGAUACUGAAAAAUCUCAUGUGUGCUCUAAAUGCGGAAAGGGAUUCCCUCUGCCGGGAAGUCUAAAGAGACACCUGAGAACUCAUACUGGGGAGAAACCGUACGUUUGUCAGCAUUGCGGGAAGGACUACAACGAUUCUGGAAACUUACAGAGGCACAUCAACACUCACACUGGUGAGAAACCUUACCACUGCUUGGAAUGUGGGAGAAAGUUCAGUGUAAAGUUAAGUCUUGAGCAUCACCGGGAAGCUGUUCACACUGAACACCCUCACCGCUGUUCUAACUGCAUGAAGAGCUUUGUAACUGCCUCUAAACUGGAAUCGCACAUUAAAACAAGACAUCCACCAAGUGAUCCUGUAAAUAACCCACAUGUGUGCUCAGAAUGUGGACGGGGAUUCCGUGUGGCCGCCAGUCUUAAAAGACACCUGAGAACUCAUACAGGGGAGAAACCGUACAUCUGUAGUCAUUGUGGUAAAUACUAUAAUGAUUCUGGGAACUUACAGAGACAUGUGAGAACGCACACAGGAGAGAAACCAUACCACUGCUCAGUGUGCGGGAUGAAGUUUCGUUGUACAAAAACUUUAGAACAGCACCACUUGAAAAACCACCAGGGGGAGACCCUGGGUCCCAUCCGUUUGCACCAAGGCCCUCUUACGUGCCCCCACUGUGGGCAGGAGUUCCCUUCCAAGGCUCUUCUGAAGGAUCACCUGCAGAAGACCCACAUUAGCAGAGUUCAAUGCAAACAGUGUGACAAGACCUUCUCCACUAAAGCUUACUUACUUGUUCAUCAGAGGAAACACACUGGAGAGAGACCUUACCUUUGCCCUCAGUGUGGGAAGAGUUUCUCUCUGUCAGGAAGCUUAAGGCUUCAUCUUAGGAUUCACGCUGGUGAGAAGCCUCAUGUCUGUUCUUACUGUGACAAGAGAUUUACAAGUAGAAGCCAGUUAAUUAGGCACUUGAGAAUCCACACUGGAGAGAAACCAUACCAGUGCUCAGACUGCGGGCGGUGUUUUGCAUGUGGUAAUAUUUUGAGAAAGCACAGACGGAUCCACACAGGAGAGAAACCAUUCCAGUGCCAUGAGUGCAGUAAAGCCUUUGCCCAGUUGACUAGUCUGAAGAAACAUCAGGAGACACACAGACCUUCUCAGCCUGUCUCUGUCCGAAAUCCCUAUCUGCCUCACAGUCAGCCCCUCCCAUAUCCUUACCCACCACAAACUUCAUGGUGACCAUUACCUACAGAAAAUGUGAAGGUUUUUCUAUUAAUACAACAGUGCUUAAAUUAAUUUUUUCUCGCAAAAUGAGUCAACAUUAUGGACACCUCUUUCUUUCAACACAUCAGGUUGCAAGAAAAACCUCAUUGAGAUUUAACAACAUAUAUUAAACCAUAUUAAAUUAUAGCUACUCUAUCUCAUUACAACUUCCAAAGGAUUAUACAGAGCUGAGGCCUCCCUUGUAGACAUCACUCCUCAUGCAUGAUGACAACUUGGGUGAAGCAAUCAACAAAAAUUCAGUGGUUAAAUUGUUAACAUUCCUGGAUGGGGAAACUGUAAUGUUGUUAACUUUCAGAAUUCAAAAUCAUUGCUCAUGCACACUUCCAAAAAGCAUGGCUAGCUAGCCAUGUUAACACUAAGCUGUGUGAUAAGAUGCCUAGAUCAAGCCCAGAGGUACAACAUCAAACUACUCAUGGGCCAACUAACUUGUUAUCCUGCAGUUUUUAGCUAGAAACAUUAGCUAACCUACAAGCAAAUGUAAAUUUAACAUGGCAGGUUUGGCAACAGAUUGUCAAAGCCUUGUCUAGGACUAAGAAAAUGAAGUUAAAUGGAGUUGUCUUGAAACACUUUUGAAAUGUUUGCAUUGUAUUCGAGUAAUUAAAUCAUUCUUGUAGAUUGCAUCUUUGGGUUAAAUAUUUAGCCUGAACAUUUUUGUAUUAGCAGUUGAUAUAAUAAUGAAAUGUUGCCAGAUUCAAGAGAACCUCAA